GUUUCAAGGUAGGAGUCUGCCUGUUGCUCCUCCUCUGGCCUCUGGGCGGCGCGCUUUCCCUCAGCAUCUUCUUUGUUUUUCCAUCCCUCGCCCGCUGCCCGUGCUCUCUAUCAUACGGCGGCUGGCGAUUUUUUAAAGCAUUUAUAUGAUGGCGGAGGACAGUGAAUCCGCGGCCAGUCAGCAGAGCCUGGAGCUAGACGACCAGGACACCUGCGGGAUAGACGGAGACAACGAGGAGGAGAAUGAGCAUAUGCAAGGGAGUCCAGGGGGGGACUUGGGGGCCAAGAGGAAGAAGAAGAAGCAGAAGAGGAAGAAAGAGAAGCCAAGCUCGGGGGGAGCCAAGUCCGACUCUGCCUCUGACUCUCAGGAGAUCAAGAACCCUGGCUUGCCCAUUCAGAAGCUGCAGGACAUCCAAAGAGCCAUGGAGCUGCUGUCCUGCCAGGGUCCAGCAAAGAGCAUCGAUGAGGCAGCCAAGCACAAGUACCAGUUCUGGGACACCCAGCCCGUGCCGAAGCUAAAUGAGGUGGUGACGAGUCACGGGCCGAUUGAAGCAGACAAAGAAAACAUUAGACAGGAGCCAUAUUCCUUACCUCAAGGCUUUAUGUGGGACACUCUGGAUCUCAGCAACGCAGAUGUACUGAAGGAGUUGUACACAUUGUUAAACGAGAACUAUGUAGAGGACGACGACAACAUGUUCAGAUUUGAUUAUUCACCAAACUUUCUCAAAUGGGCUCUGCGUCCACCUGGCUGGUUACCACAGUGGCAUUGUGGAGUGCGAGUGUCCUCAAAUAAAAAGCUUGUUGGCUUCAUCAGUGCCAUCCCUGCAGAUAUACGCAUCUAUGACACACUGAAGAGGAUGGUUGAAAUCAACUUCCUGUGUGUCCAUAAGAAGCUGCGUUCAAAGCGUGUCGCCCCAGUGCUCAUCAGAGAGAUCACACGGAGGGUGAAUUUAGAAGGAAUAUUUCAGGCAGUAUACACUGCAGGAGUGGUACUACCGAAACCUGUGUCCACAUGCAGGUAUUGGCAUCGUUCUCUGAAUCCCAGAAAGCUUGUUGAAGUUAAAUUCUCCCACCUGAGCAGAAACAUGACCCUGCAACGAACCAUGAAACUCUACAGACUACCCGAUAGCACCAAGACUCCGGGUCUCCGGCCGAUGGAGAGGCGCGACAUCCGCCAGGUCACGGAGCUGCUACAGAAAUACCUGAAACGUUUCCAACUUGCACCUUCGAUGGGAGAGGAGGAGGUGGCUCACUGGUUCUUCCCACAGGACAACAUAAUAGACACAUAUGUAGUAGAGGGUGCCGGUGGUGUGUUGACAGAUUUCGCUAGUUUCUACACUCUGCCCUCGACCGUGAUGCACCACCCUCUCCAUAGGAGCCUGAAGGCUGCUUACUCUUUUUACAAUGUUCAUACACAAACCCCACUACUGGACUUAAUGAAUGAUGCGCUGAUCCUGGCCAAAAUGAAAGGUUUUGAUGUGUUCAAUGCCUUGGAUCUAAUGGAGAAUAAGGUGUUCCUGGAAAAGCUCAAGUUUGGCAUCGGAGAUGGAAAUCUGCAGUAUUACCUCUACAACUGGAAGUGUCCCCCAAUGGACCCUGAUAAGGUGAGCAAGGUUGGCCUCGUCCUUCAGUAGCCGGUCUUAUCGCGGCUGCUACACAAACAUUGAUCCAAAGGUCGUCAGCGACCUCAGGCUUUUCCUUACCUGGACAUACAGGUAGCCCAUGCUAGACAAUGAGAACUACAACCGUAAAACCAACCUGGAGACUGGGAGGCGGUUCAUCCGUCGUCAAGAACAUUCUCAGUUCACCUUGGGUGAAAACUCUUAAAUCAUCAACAUCCUGAAUGUGAAGUCAUACUAUGCCUGAGAUACUCAUACAGUACAAUGCUCCUGACAUGCACACUCACAUUUAAAACAGUCUGACAUACAAGAGGAUGCCUUGACAUUGUGAAUUUCGUUCAGUUCUUCUGCCUCAGCAGACACCUUGUUACAAGGGACUGGCAUGGCAUUUAAUUUCGCUGACAUUGAACUCUGUAAAUGAUAAUCAACAACAAAACAGAACUAUCAGUUGUUAUGUCUCUACUGCAGAGACUCACCUGCAGUAAGAGGGUCUUAAAGGCAGUUGAAGAGUUUUUAAUCCUGUCCCGGCUCAUAUCAUCGUGGUCAGUAGUUUGUCUGCUGGCUGUUUCAGCAUGUGGGAUAUGUUUGUCUUCAGGCCUUUCUGCCAGAAAGCCGUAAGGAUGGGAACUGAUAAGAAUAUAUUGAUACAAAUGCCGUGUCGAGCUGGCUGUGGGAAUAUCCAAUCAACUAAAAUGGAUCAAAUGAGAGAAUGUUUGUAAAGAAUUUGCAGAAAAAAAUUGCCCGAGCCUUCCUGGGUGACACUGUUAUUAUAACUGGAUGGGUGCUGCUCGGUAGGGGAGCAGUGGCACUUGUGUGUCAGUCCUUUAAUUUAGGUGCAUGUUGUGUUGAGAGAUGAUUCAGCAUAUCGCUGGUGUUUCCAUCCAUCCUUGAAAUUAUCAUUUUACAGACAAUACAGCUAGAACUGUUGUCAUCUUUCUCUGUGAAAUGAAGCCAUGCUUUAGACCGUUUCUUCUUCUCUGCCAUGACUCCUUCUUGUUGCAAGUUUCCAUCAAUGUAGAUGCAUGAGUUUGACAUUGUUUUUUGUGCAACUGUAGAAAAACAUGCUAUGCUGUCAUCAAUAAAAGGCAUUGAUGAACUCAGUGGCAGGCGAUUUCAGUGGAUGGGACAAAUUGGAAACUGUUUAAAAUAGUCUCAGAGGCAUAGAAACUUGAUAGAUCAGACAAGUUCUACAGAUCAAUUCCCAUCUCUUUUAGGAUGUCAGGUGAUGUGGUAAAAAUAAAGCCCUUGAAUGGAGGAGGUUGUGGUCGAGGAAAUUAAAUUAAAUUAAAACACAGGACUUCCACCCAGAAGACUGCUGUAUGUUUUCCUUAUGAAACCAAAAGUCAACACUAACUUAAUAUUUUAAACCAACCCAUGAUAUUUCUCUAAACCUAGCCGAGGAUUUAUGGCGCAUAAACCGAUCCAAACUGCAGCCGUUUUUCACAACGAUGACUGCAUGUUAGAAAGGCUUUCUGGCAGAAAGCCCUGAAGGCAAACUUCUCCCAUCUGUGCUGUUUUUGGGCCUCAGUAGAAUUAGAAAUGCUGAGAAUGUGUUUCUGUGAUAGCUGGCGUAUAAAGGAAGAAACUUUUCCCUGAAGAAUUCUGGAGAAAAAUAUCAUAUUGGCACACAUACACACAGAAACCCAAACACUGACUAAUAACAACACGCAUACACAAAAAAAGGAUAUCUCCAUGGAAGGACUCAUCCAACUGGUGCAUUUAUAUACAUGGUUUUUUUUUGUUACAAAUAUAUAGUUACCUGUACAUUUAAAGCCAGAUCAUAUUUAUUCCUGUAGUGUGAGUUUGGGGUUCGGGAGGGCUGAUCCAAAGUAUUGUCCUCAUAAGUAGUGUAGAUGUCAUUGAGUUUGUUCAGACAAUGUGGGUUCAAGUGGUUUCUGAUGAAGAAUGUAUUGCAUCAACGAAGCACAAUUUUUAAGUUCCUAAACAAGCAAAUGGGUCCUUGUUUGGUUUUUUUUUGUUUGUUUGUUUGUUUUUCUUAAGGGUCAGAUUUCAAAACAGAUGGGUUUCGUUACAUACUGUACAACCUUGGUUUUUUACAAAGGAUGUGGGCUGAAUUUUACGUUAUAGUUGUUUCUAGGGUCGUUAUUUUUGAAAGGACAUGUAAACCACAUGUGUGUUUAUGUUCACUGAUUCGCACACACAAAUCUGCGUAGAAACAGACACAACUGAGGGUUAUCUUCGUGCGAAUGGUGAGUUGUCCAAUUAGAUAGACUGUUAAAUUAGAGGCCAGAAAAACUGUAGCUGAAACAAUUCAGGAUGCACAAGCAGGGCAGUGAGAAUUACAGCACCAAGGCAUGGUAAACAACAAAAUACUAAUUAAAUUAUUAUCAUUUAGAUGAUGUACAAAACAAGUUUUCAAAAUAGUCAGUGUUUCUUUUGAGGGACAGUUUAUAAGCGUAAAAGUGGCUUACAUGCUUUGAAAGAUUAAUGUUCUCAGUUGCAUUUAAAGCAGCCAAGGUCACUUUUUUUGUUGUUGUUGUUGACUUGGUCAAUGCCAUGCACAGAGAAACUACGACUUAUUACUUCCAGUAGCCUGUUACAAAGGAGUGAGUAAGAUGUAAAGCAGUUGAUUGGACUUAUUGGUACAACUCUGGGCUCGUAAACAUACGUAACCAUCAAUACUUUCGCCUGCAGUAGGAUGUUAAAUGUGUUCUUAAUCAAACUCUCAGCUAAGUAAAACAGAGAAUUGAGCACAAAGUUCAGAGUGUCUGGGGAAGAAUUUAAUAGACAAAAGCCUGUAGUAACUGCGUCAGUUUCAAAUUUGAGCUUUCCUGUGUUUCCAGGUCUGUUUUUAAUGACUUCUCUGGGUUUGUUUUUUUAAUGGUACUGUAUUUGUGUGUCUGAAAAAUAUACUGUGGGUCAUUUUUUUAGUGUUGUGCAGCUAAACGCGUGAAAUUCUUUGAACAGUUCUGAUAUUUAUAAUUGUACAUUGCAAAAUGUCUUAAGACAUAAUUCCUUUUUUCUUUCCAGUAUUUCUUGAAAAUUUCCCAUUAAAUACGCAACUUCAAAACUGA